UGGCUCAGACUAGUUUCCUCUGCUUUUAGUGCUAAGGGCUAACAUUGACUGAGUCAUAAACCUAGUGCUUAGACGUCAGAAUAAAAAACUAAAAUGAAUACUAAUAGUAGCAAUAAUCAGCGCUAUUCCAAGAUUUCUUUCCUGGGCGAAGGUCAUUUUGCUGUUGUGUACAAGGCCCGCGAUUUGGUUACCAGCCGAAUUGUGGCUGUAAAGAAGAUAAAGAGACGCAAUGACGAGGAGGUUAGCAGAUUUACAACAUUGCGUGAAAUUGAAAUCCUUCAAGAACUGAGGCAUGAAAAUAUCAUCAGUCUGAUCGAUUUCUUUGGCGAAUUCUCGAAUGUUUCGCUUGUUUUUGAACUUAUGGACUCGGAUCUGUCUAUGAUUAUAAAAAAUCCAACAAUAAUCUUGUCUGCAGCGAAUAUUAAGGCAUAUGCCUCAAUGAUAUUGCGUGGCCUGGAUUAUUUGCAUCAGAAUUGGAUACUGCACCGUGAUCUGAAACCCAACAAUUUGCUAGUAAACGGGAAAGGUGUUUUAAAAAUUUGUGACUUUGGUUUGGCCACAAAGUUUAGCUCGGUGGUUCAAACUCAUUCCCCCCAUGUGGUAACACGUUGGUAUCGAUCACCCGAACUGCUCUUGGGGACACGUCAGUAUGGCAUUGGUAUCGAUAUGUGGGCUCUUGGAUGCAUCUUAGCCGAGCUAAUGCUAAGAGUUCCCUUUCUGCCAGGAUCUUCUGACUUGAAUCAAUUGAAUCGCAUCUUCAAGACUUUGGGCUCUCCAAGUGCAUCGGACUGGCCCCACAUAAAUCGUCUACACAAUCAUAUUGAAUUUUUUAAAUUCCCUGGCACUCCAUUGCGAGACAUCUUUUCAGCUGCUGGCAGUGAUAUGAUUAUGUUGAUUCGUCGCUUAUUAGCCAUGAAUCCACUCAAACGUUGCUCCUGUCGUGAGGCAUUGGAUAUGGCAUAUUUCAGUAAUAUGCCAGCGCCGUCUGUUGAUCUCAAUCUGCCCUUGGCUUCGUCUCCAUCAAACCACAAGGAAAAUAUCCCACCAGAGACGAUAAAUUGAGAUAAACCCCCGAUGCAGAAGCGUAAGGUCCUGGAGACACAAGCCAAAAGUAGUCAGAUUGUUCCACCAAAAAAACGUUUAUUCUUUUAGUAAAUAUUCUAGAUACAUAUUACAGCUUUAUAUGUUCUUUUAAACAAAUGUAAUUAAACAUUUUAUGUCUUACGUGGACCAUUAAA